UAAACUUCUGUUUUUUUCCCUCACAUCUCUCUCUCACUCCAUUUCCGGGAGAAAACAAAAUCGCAACAGCCAAACACCUUCCCGUUACGUUAAUUUUACAUAGAAGGAUUACACAAGUGUCAAAUGGAUACCAAACUGCAUUCAUUUUCCUUCACUCAUUGUUUUCUAGUUGUUCUUUUUAUCUUCUUCAUUUUGAUCCUUUCUGGGCUUUUUAAUUUUACUUCAUUUUCAUUCUUCUCUCAUUCCAAUUUUCAAUCCUCAAUCUCAGUGCCUGCCGUCCAGUUUCAGACUAUUGUUGGCCCCUCCGAUCAAUUCCACUAUGUUCAUUCUGCUCCGUCCAGCUAUGCUUCUCCAGUCAACCGAUUCAGAAACAGUAGUACUGCCAUUAGGAAAAUCUCAAAACCAAUCAGCAGAGAAGAAAAGCUGCUGGAACAAGGACUAGCUCGAGCUCGAGCUUCAAUACGCAAGGCAGGCACAUCAUCUCUAAUCGUCUCGCCAAUUGCCGGCCUCAACCAAAGCGAUGUCGACAGAGAAUUUGUUUAUCGUAACGGCGCCUCAUUUUACCAGAGUUAUCUGGAGAUGGAGAGAAGAUUCAAGGUCUACGUAUACUCGGAAGGGGACCUACCAAUCGUCCAUGAUGGGCCAUGCAAGGACAUAUAUACGGUUGAGGGGAGGUUUAUACACGAGAUGGAACACGGUGCCAGGAGGUAUAGAACGAGGGAUCCUCAACGUGCUCACGUUUAUUUCAUGCCCUUCAGCGUGGCCUGGAUGGUCAAGUACCUCUAUAAGCCUCUCACAUACGAUCUUACACCGCUGAGGCAGUUUGUGGCUGAUUAUGUGAAAGUGGUAUCUACCAAAUACCCUUUUUGGAAUAGAACCUGCGGGGCGGACCACUUCACGCUCGCUUGUCAUGAUUGGGGUCCCCACACAUCCCGGGCCCACCCGCUUCUUUAUAACACAUCAAUCCGAGUCCUGUGCAAUGCCAACACUUCUGAAGGUUUCAAUCCCCAAAAGGAUGUAAGCCUCCCUGAAAUCCACCUCUACAGCGGAAAAUUUCCACCCCAACUCCUAUCCCCACCACCAGCCAAUACCUCACGUCCCUACCUUGCAUUCUUUGCCGGUGGGCUACAUGGCCCAAUCCGUCCCCUCCUCCUCAACCAGUGGAAAGAUCGUGAUUCUGAUCUUCGUGUCUUCGAGUACCUUCCUAAAAACUUGGAUUAUUAUUCAUUCAUGCUCCAAUCCAAGUUUUGUCUAUGUCCAAGCGGGCAUGAAGUGGCAAGCCCUAGAAUUGUUGAGGCCAUUUAUGCCGAAUGCAUACCUGUGAUUUUGUCGAAACAUUACGUGCUGCCAUUUAGCGAUGUUUUAAGAUGGGAGGCCUUUUCAGUAAAGGUGAAUGUAUCUGAGAUUCCAAGGCUAAAAGAGGUGUUGAGAUCAGUUCCUGAAGAAAAAUAUUUGAAGCUUAAGGAGGGUUUAAAAGCUGUUAGGAGGCAUUUUGUGCUGAACCAGCCAGCUGAGAGAUUUGAUGUGUUUCAUAUGAUACUGCAUUCCAUAUGGCUCAGGAGAAUAAAUUUGAGACUUGGAUAGACUAAUACAUGAAACUGAGACUAAAUCACUGAUAUCUCAUCAUAGUAGAGGAAGAACAGUGCCUUAUAUGAUCAUAUAUAGAGUAAUUCAAAUUUUACUAAUUUUUUUCAUGCUUCUGUCAGGUUUAGGCCUUAAAUAUCAAAUUUAAUCCCAUCCCAG